CUCGGGGAUCGACGGAUUUGGGUAUGGAUUUUAGCGCGUGAUUCGUAGAUGCGCGUUCGCCCCGUUGAAAUGGGUUGCUGCACGAGUCGCCCGGCGGUUCAGUGACUCGAGCGUGCCGGCAUGGAGUGAAGCUACCGAAGUGUUCGUCCGUUAUGAAAGAUACAUCUGCCAGGGAAAUAUCGACGGUCCACAAUGGUGGAUAACAAUUGCAUUAUCGAAGGAAAUGUCAAAUUUCGCGACGGCAAGAAGUGGAAGUCAAGAUGGUGUGUGAUGAGAAAACUAUCACCAGUUGCAGACUGCUUGCACCUACAACUGUAUGGAGACAGCAAAGAUAGGUAUAAACAGGGUCAGACCAAGGCAUCCUUAAGUUUGCAACAUUUUCUCGGAGUUCAAAGCGGCUUUACUCUUGACAAGGAGUCCAAUACCAUUGCCAUUAUUUGCCAAGACGUUACGGUCGUCCUCGCAUUUGAUACUCGGGAACGACUGAUACAAUGGCAAGUCAAGAUAUCGAACAAUCUAGGCGAAGAUCAACAGUUUUUGGUCUUGAUUUCUACGGCGCCGUCGAAAGCGAAACUGACCAAUGGGCCGGCGCAUAUGCACGUGCAAGAUCGACGAUUUUGCAUCACCGUUGGCAUACCUCCAAGACUCGUUGGUGUUUGGGAGAUAGGCCAUCUUCGACGUUAUGGGGUCGUCGAGGGAAGAUUCUGUUUCGAGGGCGGAUCCAGAUGUGGCCGUGGGGAGGGACUCCACGUCCUUAUCACCGACCAAGGGGAAGACAUCGUCAGGACGUUGCAAUUGGCUGCGGAAGGUAAACUGAGCACAAGGAAGAGACCGAUCAGUCGCGAGCAUUCCGCUCAGGAUAGUCCUCGAAGGCAGUUCUCGCGGUCCGAAACUCGGACCAGCGAUUUUUACCCCUCGCUGACUUACACGGCGACACCUUAUGAACAACACUGCGACGGCUGCAAGACCGAGAACUCACCGUACUGGUCCUCCACGGAGAGUAGACAACAGACGGAGGUGGACGGUGACUAUAGCUCCAGAGAUACUUUGUCCGUGUCCGAAUUAACCGACCAGCCAGGUGAAUGGCGCAGCUGCUCCUUGACGUUGCACGGCCCCUCGGGAUUGGAAAGAUGCGCCAGUUGCAUCAGUAAACUGGGGACGAUAUCGAAAUCCUCGACGUUGGGCACCACGGCGGUUGGGUCUACGAAUAGCCCCGUGCCAGGGACGCAUAAUCCAAGCUGCCACGUUCAACCGAGAGCUUUCGACAGGCUGUCGCUCUCUUCGUAUAGCAGUAGCAGCCAUGAUAGCGAUUACUCCGGAUCGCAACAACAGGUGGAAUGUCAAUACUCGCAGACGAAGGUUUCUCAGCCUCAAUGCAGCCAUCGCGUGUCACCGAGUCCCAUUGUCUCGCCGCCGAGACCGCCUAAGCCGUCCAAGGCCGUCAAAAAGGUUAAUAGACCGCCAAUGCCACUGCCAAAUGAACAAACUUGUACGUGCCGAGCUAAACCACAGGAGGGGGUUCGCAAUAACGGGGUGAUAGGACCCUAUGAAAAUUAUGAUGUACCCAAGUCUAUUCCGGGACAUCGCGCGUCGAUCGAGCAGCAAAGAUCGGAGCAGCCUGAUCAGUACUAUGAUACCCCUAGGAAGAUAAAGGAAUGCCUUUCACUGCCGAAAUCUUAUCCCAACUAUGACACUCCGCAUGUCCCUCAGGCCGUUGUCCUGCAGCAAUGCGGAUGUCCUGCGAAGCUGGCCCCUCAAUCCCCGAGGUCGUCCGGCUGUCCUUGUCAUAAUGUUAUGAGCUGGGCGGGAUUCGUUCUGCCGUAUUGUCGUAGAGGCGCUGGAAUCGAACCGACCGGAGUGACGGUGCACCCUGUUCGGCUCUCCGGGGAAGGCAAAAUGCCCGUCGUAAAUGCCAGCGGGGAGAUUGCGAUUUACGCGACUGUCAAGAGAAACAAUCACGCGGAUAAUACGUCAGUGUCCGGUAACAAAGAGAAUUGCGAUUGUUCGCCGGAUAACAGCAAGGGGAACUAUGAGAAUGUCCAGCCGGUUAUUGACACCCAACCUUCACCCGAGUCGAAGCAAGUGAACUAUGCCAACCUGGACUUUACUCAGUCCCUUGAGCAUUACGAAAACAGCAAGGACCUGCUGACCAAAGUGGCCAUUUCGCAGGAUGAGAUGGACAAGUUUGCCGAAGAGCUGAAAACUGACAAGACUGGUGAGGAGGUCAGCGAUGACGGCGCUAAGGUCUGCAACAAGUGUGGCCAUGUGAAAGAAAUCGACACCGAUUACCUGGUUAUGGAUCCUGAUAAGCAGACCCCGAAGAAACCGUUUCCUGGGUAUCUGCCGAUGCAACCGGCUCAUAAGGAAAUUCUCUCCAGACUUUGCAGCGGGGUCAAGAGUUCUAGUAACCCUGCGCUUUCGGGCGCGGCCAUGUUGGAGGGGAGCAGGAAACGGUCGGACUCUGAAUUUCGUAUUCCUGGGUCGGCAAUGUUGUCCAGCCCGUACCUGCGACGACGACUUAUCGAUACCGCGAAUAACCCUGAAGGAGGGAACAUCAGUUUGCUGCUGAGGAAGAGAUCUUACUCGGCUGAAUCUGCUCACUAUUUGGAUGACGAGGGCAGAACGUUUCCGUCGAAUCUUACCCUUCACAAGUGUUCGAGCGAGGCUAGUAAAGGCACUUUGGUCAUCACGGAAGGACCUACUUCCAACGCGACGUCCGAGCUUAAGAUGAACAAUGAUAGUGCGGACGUGUCGUCCGUGUCCUCUUCGCAUCAGCCAUGCAUCAAAAUACGAAGGUCCUCCUCGGUACCCUCCAAGGCGGGACAUAAUCGAGAUUCCUCCAGCAGCAACGAUUCUGGCGUCUCUACCGGAUCUCUCAGCCACAGGACUGCCGAGUUCGUCGAGUUCGAGCUUUCAUUGAAUUCCACUGCCACGAAGAAGCAUAAUGUACUCUCGGUUUACCACAAAAGCCCGCCCCCUGCGUGCUUUCAUAGCAGUCUUCCCAGGAAGUCGAAAUCUAGCGAUCCUCUUCGCGAGCUGUCGUUCCAAUUUCAAAAGGUCAAGAUACCCACGAAGUCAUCCUCCGCCGAAGCUGAUAUACCCACCUGCUUGCCAAAGGGUGCGAAAGGGUUUGCCAGUCCUGGGGAAGUCGGUGGCACACCUUAUAUCGAUUCGCGAAGCACCAGCAGCGGAACUUCCGAUAUGUCUGACUACAUCGAAACUUUGUCACUGUCGUCUCAUUCGUCUUCCGACACGCCGGAUGGUCUUAGGAUAGGCGGCAGGACAGUUACCACGACUCUGCGUCCUCGUAGCGGAAAGGAAUACUACAAGAUCGACCGGAGUAUUUUGGUGGAGCAAGGACGAACUCUGACUUCAGCAAAUUACGCUAACAUUACCCCGGUUUUAGAGAAGAGCGAGUCUCCGUCGCCUGGAUACAUGAGCAGUUCACCAUUCGAGCAGCCACAACCGGCUCGUGAACGUUUUCUAUUCCCCGAGGAAGCUUGAAUGUAAUGACAUUGGCGCAGGGAGUGAAGAAUCUGAAGUUCCUAGGAAUUCCAAAAGCAUCGGAUAAAAGUAUUCAAGGUAGUAGAACCGAUAACUGGGGUAUUAUGACUGUUUGCACUAUACGCGAAUAAUCUGGAAGUUGCACGUAUUUUUUGAGAUAUCUACAAACUGUUUUAACUCAGUUCUUACACAUUACGAUACCUCUACGAACAGUCUCUAUUGUUCGAAGGUCUAUUUAGUUCUCUUUCGUUAUGUUUCCUUCUUUCUUCUUUCGCGAGUCUUCCUACAUCCAUUUCAGAUGUACCAAGCUAAUAUGUAGAUACAUGAUUUAUCGAAUUUAACGAAAUCUGGAUUUUAGCGUAUAGUUGGGAAAAAGUCAAUAAUCAAACACUUCCUACAACGAUUCAAACAAUUUCUAAAAUAUGCUCAAUAAAAAUUAUAAUAGUUGUAUAGUAAAAUCCUGCCCUAAAGUAAAGGAUAUACGAGUGCAUUGCGUACUUUGGACAGUCGUGUCCUUUUUUGAAUAUUUUUCGUAUAAGUGAACUUUUAUAUAGGGUAUUGUACAGAGGUUUACAAGAACGUAAUUAAAGGCUUUUUAUUUGUACAAUUUUAAAAUAACCGAUUUUGUGUAUAUUACAUUAAGUGAACAUUGCAAUAGAUUCAUUUUAUGAAUAGCAUUUUACAGGGUUUUGUACUUACGAAUUAUUUUAGAGAAACUAAGCAUUUAUUACAGCCUUUAAUCGGUCUUGCGAAAUUUUUGUUCAACGGUUGGAGCUGGUCUUAGGUAUAAUUAUAAUCAUUCUGCGUCUGGAUUGUCAAUGAACAUUUCUAAUCCCUAAAAAUUCAGCCAAACCGUUGAGUAGCACUUGAUUUUGCUUCGCGGAUUUGCUGCUUUUUGGGUUUCGUUUAUAAGUAUUUGUACUAGUACUUUAAAUUUCUCGUCGAGUUAGAGCUGUUAACGCGCCGCUGAGGAAUUUCUAUUGAUUUUCCAGUGAAACACUUCCAUUAUCAUGCAACGAAAAUGAUUUAUAGAUUCCAGUAUGCGUUCGAUUUUCAUUUGUAGUAUAAGGAAGUAUGUAAUCUGAAAGAUUACGAGAGGAACCAAUAUUUUCUGUAUCUCGCAUUUGCUAUAUCGAGAGAUGGAGCAAAUUUUUCGCGAGCGAUACGUACCAAAAAUAUUUAUUUUCAUUUCCGUGGUGCAGGGUAACUUAUCGCAUUAAAUUUUAAUCUUGUACGUGUUCAGGGUGGUUGUGGAACUCUUAGAGGUUAUAUGAAUGUACAGAAUACUUGGUUGUAGGACCUUUUUGUCGUGGUGUUUAUUUAUUCUCCGUACUUGGUACUUAAUUUACGUGGACUAGGCAGCAUAAGUACAGGAAAGUUUGUCGAAACCAGAGUAACAGUUGAGCUUAACUGGCUAUUAUAAUUGUUUUCGAAGUGAUAUGAAACGCAAUAAAAACAGAGUAGAUCGUACUUUGCACAUGAUUAUAAACGAUAA